AUGAGCUAUAUCACGAAUCUCCAGCUUACCCUAUCAACCAAUUUCCAAACCCUCAACGCGCAAAUCCCAACAUCCCUCCCCCUACAAAUCUCAAUUCACAACCCAACAAUCACCCCAGUCACAAUCCUCCGCUGGAAUACUCCAUUUGAUCCACUUGCAUCACUGCUCGAUCUCUUCGAAGUACGCGAUACAACGACCGGACACACACUGGCAGCCGACACAAUAAAGAUAUCACGAAAGCUUCCCGCAUCGGCGGAUGACCUGGUAGAGAUCAAUGCGGGCGAAACAAUGACGUGCGAUGCAACUCUGACCGGUCUGUAUUUUCAAACAGGCCACGAGUACUCUGUCCGUGCGCGCGGUAUCUGGAUGGCCGUUUGGCUGAAGGGGUUGCUUGAUGUUACUGCAUCCCAAUUGAAGGAUCUUUCUGGGUCGGAGAGCGGGGAAGUUGAGUCGAAUGUGACUGUUGUGGAAAUCAAAUGA